AUGGAGACCUCGGCCACUCGAAUCGUUGAUGCUGACGGAUUGCCACCCGUGAGCAGGCCGGCCCAUCUCUCGUUGACUGACACGGGGGUGCUCCUGCAGGACUUCUACAUUGGAGUGGAUGUUGGAACCGGCUCUGCUCGUGCUUGUAUCAUUGACGAGACUGGCGACAUCAAAGCUCUGGCCUCGGAGAGCAUCAAGCUGUGGCAGCCCGAGACGGGAUACUAUGAGCAAUCAACCACAGACAUCUGGCAGUGCAUUUGUGAGUGCGUCCGGCGAGUCGUGGCGGACUCCAGUGUCGAUCCGAGCCUCAUCAAAGGCAUCGGCUUCGACGCUACUUGCUCGCUUGCUGUCUUUUCCACCGACACCGACGAGCCCGUACCCGUCACCGGCCCCGAGUUUACCAACGACGGUCACGACCGCAACGUCAUCCUCUGGCUCGACCACCGCCCUGUCCGCGAGACCGAGUUGAUCAACGCCACCGGGCACAAGCUUCUCAAGUAUGUCGGCGGCAAGAUGAGCAUCGAGAUGGAGAUCCCCAAGAUCCUCUGGCUCAAGAACAACAUGCCCCCUGAGCAGUUUGCCCGCUGCAAGUUCUAUGAUUUGGGCGACGCCCUUACUCACUUGGCCACUGGCAAUGAGGCCCGCAGCUUCUGCAGCACCGUCUGUAAGCAGGGCUACGUGCCCAUCGGUGUCGACAGUAGUGACAAGGGCUGGCAGCAGGACUUCUUCGAGACCAUUGGCCUGGAGGACUUGUCCAAGGAUGACUUUGCGAGAAUGGGAGGCGUUCAUGGCGUGGUGAGUCCAACAAACCAGACCUGCGUGCUUGGGACGACGUCGACUCAUCCUGACCGUCGUUCGCAGAGCGGAACAUAUUUCAGCGCCGGCGAGUCUGUCGGCACCUUGAGCCGCCAGGCCGCCUACCAGCUAGGUCUCCCCAUGGGCGUUGCCUUAGGAAGUGGCGUCAUUGACGCCUACGCCGGCUGGAUUGGUACUGUAGGCGCCAAGGUCGAUCUCGGCGACGAUGAACUCAAUGCCGACGUGCCUCACAACGACCUGUCACAGGCCUUUACUCGGUUGGCUGCCGUAGCAGGGACCUCAACUUGCCACUUGGCCAUGUCCAAAGAUCCCGUCUUCGUUCCCGGCGUCUGGGGCCCUUACCGAGACGUGUUGCUACCUGGCUACUGGCUGGCUGAGGGUGGUCAGUCCGCCACCGGAGAGCUCCUGCGACACAUGUUGGAUAUCCACCCGGCGUACAACGAGACUUCCGCGCUCGCCAAGGCCGAAGACAAGCACAUUUACGACUUCUUGAAUGCUCAUCUAGAGUACAUGGCCGAGAAGCAGCAUGCUCCUGGCUUGCCUUAUCUCGGGCGACACCACUUCUUCUACGGUGACUUGUGGGGGAACCGCUCCCCAAUUGCCGAUCCCAACAUGAAGGGAUCGAUGAUUGGCCUUGACAGCGACAAGAGCACCGACAACAUGGCUCUGUGGUACUAUGCCACCAUGGAGUUCAUUGCCAUGCAGACCCGCCAGAUUAUUGAGCAAAUGAACGCGGCCGGCCACGAGAUCUCAUCCAUCUUCAUGUCCGGUUCCCAGUGCCAGAACCCCGUGCUGAUGAACCUGCUCGCCACGACUUGCGGCAUGCCAGUCCUGAUUCCGCGAUAUGUUCAUGCUGCCGUCGUCCACGGAGCGGCCAUGCUAGGUGCCAAGGCAGCCAGCCACAACAGAGAUGACGGCUCCGAGCCGGAGACGCUCUGGGAUAUCAUGGACCGCAUGAGCAAGCGCGGUCGGCUGGUCGAGCCGCGCACCGACGCCGGAGAAAAGGGACUCCUUGAUGCCAAAUAUGAAGUCUUCUUGGAAAUGUGCCAAUCGCAGCAGCUGUACCGCAAGAAAAUUGACAAGGCCGUUGAGAAAUGGCGAGCCGAGUUUGGCGGCGACUAG